GUGAAGGCAGCAGCGGACUGUCAGCUGUGGAGAGGAAGGUGUGUUUAGUUGGAGGUUUCGAGAGCGCAGCGUCUCUCACACGGGCGGCUUCCUCGCCUAUUGUUAGCAUAAACUCGCGUUUUUACCGCUCUCCUGUUUUACUCGGAUACACGCUUCGAAAAAAACGUUUAUGGUCCUGGCUGAAGAUUUCACCAUGUCUCGCACCGACGAGGUUCACCGCUUUACAGAAAAUGUCUAUAAGACCAUCAUGGAGCAGUUCAACCCCUGCUUACGGAACUUUGUUGCCAUGGGGAAGAACUAUGAGAAGGCCCUCGCCAGUGUGACAUUUGCUGCCAAAGGCUACUUUGAUGCUCUGGUUAGAAUGGGUGAACUGGCCAGUGAAAGUCAAGGAUCCAAAGAUUUGGGGGAUGUGCUGUUCCAGAUGGCGGAGGUCCACAGACAGAUCCAAGUGCAGCUCGAGGAGAUGUUGAAAUCCUUUCACAAUGAGCUGCUCUCUGAGCUCGAGAAGAAGGUGGAGUUGGACGCCCGUUACUUGACUGCUGCCCUGAAGAAAUACCAGGUGGAACACAAGAGCAAAGGGGAGAGUCUGGAGAAGUGCCAGGCUGAGCUAAAGAAGCUGCGCAGGAAGAGCCAGGGCAGCAAGAACCCCUCCAAGUAUGGCGAGAAGGAGAUGCAGUUUGUGGAGACUAUCAGUAGUAAGCAGACUGAGCUAGACACCUUCAUCGCUGAGGGCUACAAGACAGCCUUGUCUGAAGAACGUCGUAGGUACUGCUUCCUGGUUGACCGCCAGUGUGCUGUGGCCAAGAACAGCAGUGCCUACCAUGGCAAGGGUAAAGACCUUCUCACCCAGAAGAUCCCAGUGUGGCAACAAGCCUGCUCCGACCCCAACAAACUGCCCGAGAGGGCCAUGCUCCUGGCCCAGCAGAUGGGCUCUGCCGCCCUAGGGGGCUCAAGUCCCCUACACACCUCCAAAUCCAACCUGGUCAUCUCAGACCCCAUCCCCGGGGCCCAGCCUCUACCUGUGCCCCCAGAGUUGGCUGUUUUUAUGGGAAGCGGCCUGGGACACCCAGCGAGGCUGAUGGGCCCUGAUGGUAUGUCCAUGGUCAAUGGGACAACAGGAGUUCAUGGAGAGGAAUACUGGACAGAUGGGGGUCCGAUGUCCGUGUCCCAGAUCAGGCCUUCAUCCCCUCAGACCCAGGCACAGGGCCCGUCCCAGGCCCCGCCCCAGAGGCAGGUCAGCGAUGUCUACUCCAACACCCUCCCUGUGCGCAGGCCUGCCCCUGCCAAGAAUAAAAACCCAGUGGGAGAGACACGGACCCUGCCCAGAUCCAGCUCCAUGGCGGCAGGACUGGAGAAAAACGGACGUGCCCGUGUCCAGGCCAUCUUCUCUCAUGCUGCAGGUGACAACAGCACCCUGCUCAGUUUCUCUGAGGGAGAUGUUAUAACUCUGCUAGUGCCUGAAGCCCGCGAUGGCUGGCACUAUGGGGAGAAUGAGAAAAACAAAAUGCGUGGCUGGUUCCCAUUCUCUUACACACGUGUGCUGCCUGACAGUGACAGUGAGAAGCUCAGAGUGAAUCUGCACCAUGGGAAAAGUAGCAGCACAGGGAACUUGUUGGAGAGUGAUGCAUCACUGCCCACACCUGACUAUGGCCUGACCGCCCGACUCCUGGCACAGAGCCUCGCACAGACCCGACCACGUCCCUACAGCAUGGCAGGCUUUGGCACACAGCCUGCUAUUGAGGAUUAUGAUGGCCGCUUUGCCACAAGGAAGAAACCCAGAGAGAUUCUCAGCUUAGAUAAAUGGAACUUGGAUUACUACAUGCUACAUCCACGCUUAAUGUGCACAAAGCUGGAAGGAAUGUUUGACGAUUUGCAUGUAGUCGGUAAGGAUCCCAAACAGAACUUGAAUUUUCACAAAGCUGUCCCAUAAUGGAGUACACGUAGGACUUGUUACUUUUGUUCUGUGACGGUAUGCUCCUGUGACAAUGCAAGCCUUUUGCUUUAUUUGAGCAUGUAUUUGUGUAGGUAAAUGAAUGUCCUCAGAAACCAUAAAGUGCAUAAAUAAUCACCCGUAAUUAUCCAGAAUGAGGUAUUGGGCUGAAACUAAUAUGUUUUCAUUUCUGAUUAUUGUUGUAAGUUUUCACCAUUAGGUGGCGGUGACACAUGCCAUGGAUUGCGUUUUGACACCAAUAGUCCAAAACUCAAAUGAUUUUAAACAUUCAAAAAGCUCCAUCAGAGAAGUUAGAACCUCAAAUAUAAAAUAAUGUUUUUAUGACUUAUUGAUUAAUGAGGAGCAUAUUUAAGCUCAAGCAAGAUCUAAUUUGCAGAGAAAAUCCAAAUAUCACCAUCUUGCCAGGUGCAAAGUGUUUUCUUUUGUCUCUUCGUGAUCCUGUCCUCUUGGCUGUUUCUUACUUCUCUUUAUAAAACUAAUGAAUGCAUUCUAGCAGGAUCAGUGUCUCAGUUUAUUUUCAGAGUGCUCUUGGCUCAGUAUAUCUUAAGUGUAAUCCGUGAAGUCCUUGCUGACUCACCCAAGUCAUUAAGGUUAAGGUUAGGAAUUGUGCUCUCCCUGUCUCUGUCCAACCAGGGUUUACAUGGACUGAAUGAAUAUAAAUGUUUCUGUUUGUGUGUGUGUGUGUGUGUGUGAGAAAGAGAGAGAGAGAGAGAGAUCCAAGUUCUUCGAUGUAUGUGCAUUUGUCCUGGUGUUUGGUGCAGUACAGUAGAAAUCAUGCUGACCUCAUCUCAGUUAUCCCUGCUUGCUGGGGCUUUGGGCACCUGUGUCAAGCUGUUUUACAUACUCCUGUCUGCUCUAAAUGUGUUAUUUUUUGUGUCAAUAUUUUGUGACAACACUGUCCUAACAGGGUGUAGUCACCCCAACAGACUAAUCUAAUUAGUCUAAUUACAUCCCUCCAGCUUAGGAGAUGACUUAAUGAUUUUCUCAUCAACUAUAGAACAUUGGUUUUGUCUACCUUUUAGUGACUGGUACCAUACACUGAAAAAAAAAUAUAUUUCCGGUCAGCAAACAUAUAAGUGUUGAUGAGGGAAUUGGAAGUCCAAUCUUCCUGAACUCAGCACGUGUGUUUGGAGUUGUUGCUGCAGGUGGGGGCGAAGUAGAUUUCCCGACCCCACCUGCACUUCUCCUAAACUCUACACUGCCUCCUUGUGCCUGUCUUGUCUUUCUCCAUUUCUCUCUGAGUGUGUCCGACCUGGCAAGCUUCCUUCUCUCUUUGUUCCACAGUGACAGUCCUGAUGGCAAAUUGAUUUCGACUGUGUGAGAACAGACAUACAGACAGAAACAGACAGCUCCGGAUAGCACAGGGGCCUCUUCCUCCCCCAUCUUUCCCUCCUCUUAACCUCCCUACUGUCCAAUUAUCUCCACCUCUUCUCCUCUGCCUCCACACAUGCCCCUUCUCCGAAUGGAAGAGGCCAGUUUCAUCCCUCCUUUCUGUCCUCUCUUCCUCCCCGGGUCCCUCGUUUCCUUCCUCCGUCCAUCCUGGGUGCUGCUGCUGGUGGUGUCGGUGUGGACAGUAGCGGUUGGUGGGUGGAGGAUUGCGUUGAGCGGGAGAGCCAGAGCGGGGCCUACCUGCUCGGCAUGCAGCGAUAUGGACUCUGAAUACUCUAGCUCUGAUCAUAGUCCACCAUCAUGGACUUAUCUCUCAAGAGACUGCCUUUGCUCCUCCUGUCUUUCAUGCAUGUAUAUAGUUGUGUCAUUUUGUCAAACUGAAGGACAUAUUCAUAUACUGUACAAGUGCCAAAAGACUUCAAUGUCAUACUAAAGCCACUGACUAAAUGGCCUUUUUAAGCACACGUGGGGCCAAUAUUGUUGAGUUCCCAUCCAACACACGGCUCAAAAAGCUGUGCAGCAGAUUACUAUGUUUCUGUUCCGAGAGAUCCUGUAGGUCCUGCUGUGCUUCCUUGUGUCGGUGUUAGACUUGAGUUUCCGUCCACAAGGUGUGUCAUAUUUGCCUUACUUUGCUUAUUUUUUAUUGAACACGUACUUUAUGUUCAAUGAAGCAAUUUUGCAAAUUAAGCUUCACGAAUAUACAGUAUCUACAUAUAUAUAUAUAUUAUAUAUUGUUGCGAUCGACCCACCAAUUUGCACGGUAUUAUGAUCAUUACAAAAACUCGUUAUGAUGAAAAUUUCAAUUAAACACCCAUAUCUUGAAUUUUCAGCGGAAUUUACUACAGGAUUUGUCAGCCGGAAAAAAAUGUCUCACUCCGAUAUCUUUCAGUUUGGUCUUUACUUUUCUUUCUUUCUUUUAUUUGCCCCUGAAGGCACAGUGAGUUUGGAGGAGUCUAUGGUCUAUUGUUGAGUACCCUCAAUAACAACUGUGAAUUAGUUUUAGGUUAAAUGACAACCACGGCUUUUGCAGCUUUCAGUGUUAUUUAUUAUUGUAUUCCCUUGAGUGGAUAUGGAGUUUUGGUCUUUUCUUUUAAAAAAAAAAAUAUAUAUAUAUAUAUAUCUUGUCUUUGUAAAAAAAAAAACAAAAAAAAGACAACAUAUUUCCAGAAACAAUGAAAAACUAGUUGUGUAUCUUAUGCAUGCUGUGGAGGGAUACCAAAAAUGUGAUACUUAAAAUUGACCUUGAAUGUAUGGUGAUUUUUACAAAGGCAUUCUAAAUAAAACAUAUCUCUAUAUAUUAAUAAACA